CAUCUCACUGUAGCAGCGCGUGCACUCACGCAAGUAAACAAGCUGAGGCACAAGUACAUCGCGUACGUUACAACUAACGGAGUAACCACCACCACCAUCGCAAAGCUUACUAUCUGCUAUUUAGGAGCUACCAUCGCUAAACGGAAUCGGUCAAGCGAAGCGCCAUGGAUAAGCAUCCAGGAAAGGUUCUGGUAGUGGGGGAUAGCGUUGGCUCCUCUAGUGGCCACUCGGAGUCAGUUGCUCUUAUGCUCGCCGAGCAUUAACGCUCGGUCAGGUCCUACAAACGCGACCCGAUCUCUAGCCCAACUCUUUCUGCUCUCUCUUUCUAUCUUCCUCCCUCCCUCCCUCUCUCUCUCUCUCUCUUUCUCUUUCUCUCUCUCUCUCUCUCUCUCUCUCUGUCCUUCUACCUCUCUAUGUCUUUCUCUUUUUAAUCAUUCAUCCGCUUGUAAACAUCAUUCUACAUCAUAUUUUUAUCAUUCGUCAGUAGAUUUGACAAUCAUUUAAUUCAUACUAUUCGUCAACGUUCGUGACAAAAGUUUUUAAAAAACAAAUCAAAUCCUGAAUUCUGGUGUUCUUGAUAUAAAGUGAAACGGAGAAUGAGACUAUUCGAAUGUUACAGUGAACAAUGAUUUAUAUUUAGACAUUAAUAUCUUCAUUCAUCUUGUAAACUGGCUCUCAUUGAAGAAGGAUAGUAGAAAUUGUAUCUACGCGGUGCCGAUUGUAAUUUCAUUCAAAAACAUUUAAGGAGGGGAUAGGGUGUCUAGAGAAGAUACAACAAAUGAAUUCAUUCGAACUGACAGCCCGUGAAAUUUAUAAACAUUAAGAUUCGUCUCGAAUGAUCGGUGAUGAAAAUCCAAAAAGAAUAUAUCAUAGUGUUACAAAUGUUUCUUCGACAAUCGGUUGACAUCCGAAGGAUUUUGUUUUCGGAAGAAUUUUAAUGGAUCAACCGAAUGGCUCAUCGUUUGGCGCGCGUGAAUCGCAAAAAUUUCUGACAAAGAUGAAGAGUCGAGGAGUAAGAGUUUGAUCGUACUGGCGCGCAUUUUUCCAGGCUCUAUAUAUAUAUUAUGUUAGGAAGAGGACUAUGGACUUUAAUGAAGCUGCUGGCGUUUGCCGGAAGCGUUGCGACGCUCCUGGCGGACAAUGCCGAAGAUUGGAACGUUCCCGCAAGCCUCCAAGAGGAAUGCUCCUCAAAGUGUCCCAAUCUCGACUUGAAUCAAAAUCGUACGGAGGACAGUAGUCCGGAAGUGGGAUGCGGCGUGAGAUGUAAAAUCGAACAGUGUACCAAAGGAUGCGAGGCAUGGGCGCAGGCGCUCGAUAUGAGUUGUCAAACCGUUUGCAAUGGAACGCAAGAAUUGCUACCACCAAAGGAAUUGUAUUGCGUUUUGGGUUGUCACGAUGCACUGAAUCGAUAUUUUCAACAAUUAAAAGCGGAGAUAGGAGUGCCUGCCGCACCCGCACUGGUGGCGGACUCUUUGACAGCGACCUCGCUGAGAUUGGAAUGGAAGGGCAUGAAUAUGAAUCGACGUAGCAGCGGAAUAUCUUAUCUGGUACAAUGGAGGUACGAAGAAUUGGUUGAAACUUGGCAGUACUGCAGAAAUCAAACAUGGGGGGAGGACGAUCAGAUAUUGGUGGAGAAUUUGCAACCCUAUACAAAAUACAGGUUUCGCGUGGCAUUGCUCUUAAAAUCAUCGCAGCAUAAUCCUGAACCAAUUGUCUCCGCUCCGAGUGUGGUGAUAUUAACAUUAGCUGCUGGUUUGCCAUCGUCAGCACCGGUAAUUGUAAGAGCAGCGGCAGUAGACAGUUGUCGUGUCUCUGUGUCUUGGGAACCAGGCCCUUUUCCAAAUGGGCCACUUUUGUCUUAUGUCCUACGUCUGCAAGGGGCUGAUCACUCCCAGCUUAAGGACAUACCAGCUUCAGAAAACACGGAUCAUUAUAUGUUUCAAAAUCUUGAGCCGAAUAAAAAUUAUUCUGUAAGUGUUACGAUGCGAAACAGUGUAGGGGAAGGACCACCGGCAACGAUUCAUAUAUCUACCAACCCCGAACCUACAGUGAAAGACACGGAACAACCAAUUCUCAUACUCGGUGGAGAACACGUUGUAAUGAAACAAGGUGCCGAUAUGCUCGACGAGCCUAGUGUAGUUUAUCGAACCUCAAGCGUUAUUCGUGGAGUGGCUAUUCAUGUUGCUUCUGCUCAACUAUUUGUUUCGGACUCUACGGGAUACGUAUACAGAACAUCGAUCUUGGAACCACCAGAACUUAGAAAAAGAAUAACGAUACUUAGCCCGAGCGAAGCUAAUUUUAAACCAUUGAGUUUAUCCGUGGAUUGGUUAAAUCUACAGCUAUACGUAUUGGGUGAAGUGAAACAUUCUACAACCGUUUGGCAAAUAGCAAGAUGUAAUUUAGACGGUAAAGGUUUAACCGUAGCUAUGGCCGGUUUCUUGACACGACCAUCUCACAUCGAAGUAGAUCCUUACAAUGGUUAUCUUUUCUGGGUAACUAGAGGAGGAUUGUAUAGAUUGGAUUUAGCUGAUAUAAGUAAUGGAGUUAAACACGAGGUUCAGCCAUAUCUCAUUCUAGAGGAUGAGCACUUAGGAGCAUUUACCGUUGAUCACACGAAUUUCCGACUACUAGUACCCCAUCAAACGGAAAAUACGGUGAUGUCCGUAUCACUCGACGGACGGGAAGUGCUAAACUUGCGUGCCAACACGCAACAACCUAAAUUUAAGAACGUACUCUCCUUGGCGAUGGCUAAUGGUCUAUUUUAUUGGACAAAUGGAGAGGAGGUCUUAACCGAGGGGUAUCAUUCCGGAAAGAACAGAUACUUUCAUAAUGCAUAUCCCGACAGAUUGGAUGGUUCAUUUGUAAGUGUGAACGUUUUAAUGGACGCUAGUCAACCCGUUCCAGUUCCAGUGAAUCCACCUACAGGCGUACAAGCUGUUUUAGGCGCUGAAAGAGCCAAGGUCUCGUGGCAAGUACCUCAUUUACUAGGUGGCCAGGGUAAAGGUGCUUGGCAAAAUUGGUCGUACGAAUUGGAAAUUAAAGAAGAAUCAACAGGAGAGACGAUUCGUCAAAAAGAAAUAGCCGGUUCUUCGCACACGGUACAUAAUUUACGAGAAAAAUCAAAAUAUUCGAUCAAGGCAGCUGCUUAUACAACUGCUGGCAGAGGUCCAUGGUCAACUGAAUUCCGUGGACGCACCUUGAGGAAUGGAUCGCGUGCAUCUAUCUUAUGGUCAGCGAACGAAGGUCUUUUAAAAAGUGACGUCACAGGAGAAAACAUCGAUACAUUAAUUUACAAGACGAGUUUGAAAGACUCCGAAAAUGCUUACCACAUAGUAGACGUCAGUUGGUACAAAGAUAUGCUAUAUAUCGUAGGAAAUAAUUCUGUUCUAUAUCAGUAUAACUUUACAACCCAUGUGAAAACUAAGUUAAAUAUCCAUUCCGUUGGGAGUGUUGCGGUAGAUUGGAUAUCAAAAAAAUUAUAUUGGGCUAAUCCAAAACAACAAAUUAUAACAAGAGCAAACUUGAAUGGUUCGCAACAAGAACCCAUGUCGAUUUUAGCGAUCGUUAAAGAACUUUUGAUCGAUUCUUUAGAAGCUUACUUGUAUUGGUCGACUGGUCACGCGGUAGAAGUAGCACGCUUAAAUGGACAGGACAGAAGGUAUUAUCACUCUGAUGAGAUAUUCAAUGGGAAGCAAGUGAUGGGUUUAACGUUGGAUAGCGAGCAUCGUUAUUUAUAUUGGAUUGUCAGGAGCUACGAAAGUGGAUCUAUUGUUUACCGUGCACCUACUUCUGAAAGAAUACCAAUGGAUCAAAAAAUCAUACCGGAAAAGGUGUCAGCUUUACAACACCCAAAUAUUCAAGGACCUCUAUGUUAUUUUUCGGAACAUCUAUUAUGGCUUCAAGAUGAUAGAAACGCUGUGAUCGGUGAUCUAUUCGGACAGAACACGGCGAUUAUUAAUGGUAUCACGUUAUCGGGUUUGCGAAUGGUUGCUGUCAUGGACCCAGCUCUUCACGGUUAUCCAAGAAACCUGACAUCUGAAAGCGUUGUCGUUUUACCAAAUGCCGUUGAUUUCAAUAGUAUCAGAGUCGAAGGUAUCUCAGGAAAAUUCAAUGUAUCUUGGGACCCAGUAGAUAAUAUCAACUAUGGAACGGUCUUCUAUGAAGUUAAAUUUCUUGAUCAUAUUAAUACCAAUUCCAAUCCCGAGAUAACCAGCGAAACUUCUAUGUCUUAUAAUAAUUCAGAACGUAUAGAACCAUAUUCUUUAUUGGAAGUCACGGUUAAAGCUUUUACGUAUUGGGAAACUGCACAUCAUUCUAGAAAAGUAUUGAGAUCGCCGGAAAGCUUUCCGUCCGAGCCUACAAAUCCUAGACUGUUCGUAGAAAAUCAUAGAGUACCGCUUAACGAAAAAAUGGAAACUAUUGUAAUAUUUAGAUGGAAUCGGCCAAAAUUUAAAAAUGGAGUGAUACUAGGCUACACUAUUCAAUGUUGGUUCAACGAGAUAGCAAAUCAUACUGACAUACACGUUUGUGACGAAUCUAACGUACCUUCUAAUAUACUAGAAUACAAAGUUUACAAUUUAUCGCCAAACGUGACUUAUUACUUUCAAGUUCGUGCCAGAACGAUGAUCGGACCUGGCCCUUACACCGACGUAAUUGGCGUAUCAACAGUUUAUGAAAAUCCUAUACCACGAUUGUUACUCGCAACGACUGAUGCUGUAAAUGUAAUCGAUCUGGACGAAAAAAUGAAUAAUUAUACUAUUACGCGGCACGUAGCCGUUGAAAUAGCUUUUUCCGCUGCAGAGAAUAACAUUUUUUGGAUCAAUAAAAUACAAGAAUUAAUCUUGUCCGAUUCAACAGGAAUUCAUGUCACAAAAAUCUUCACCCUUAAUAAUACUGCGUACAGUUUGUGCAUAGAUUGGAUUGCAAAAUAUUUGUAUUGGAGUGAAUCGAAUGACAAGGAAAGCGAAAGUCGUAUCCUAAAAUUAGAUUUAUCAAUGUUACAAGACAAAAUUGUAACGUUUCAACCAAUAAUAACUAGAAACGGACGUAUCGUAAAAUUGGAUAUAUUACCAUCCGUGGGAUCUUUAUAUUGGAUAGAAUCGACAAAAAACGACCGUGGCGUAAUAAUGCAAUCAGAUCUCUACGGAGAAAAUAUUCAACCGUUUUUUAAUCAAAUGGGAGAUUGUUCUUGUCCGUAUCGACCGUCUGUCUCGCCAGUAAUGACGAUAGAUAGUACCGAAACAGAAAAUCCAGUUCUGUAUUGGGUAUCACUUGAAGGACAUUUAUACAUCGCCGAUAUUAAUGGAUGCAUUUGCAAAAUGAUAAUAGAUCCAAGCUUGGAUAAGGGUUUAACGUUUGCUUCCUUAACGGUAGACAAGAUAAACAUUUAUUGGACAAAUGCGGAGAUGAAACUUUAUCUCGUUAACAAAAGAUACUUAGAGAAAGGAAAAAUAAUAGAUUUUCAUACUCCACACAUACGAAGUAUCAAAGCUCUGGGUAAAUCUUUGCAACCUUAUCCAAGCGCAGAAUGUUUAACACCACGCCGAAUGUUGUAUGAUAUAGAGGAAGUAAAGAAAACAGCUGAUAGCAUCACCGUUAAAUUACCACAACCUCUUCCUCACAAUGGCUGCAAAGCUUACAACUUACCAAGAACUUUAUAUCUCAUGGACAUUUAUGAAUGUGCAGAGAAUAGUUCAGAAGAUUGUCGUGAGAGUUCUGAUAGCAAGGAAAAAUGUAAACGAUAUCAAACUUAUGAAAGAGAAUAUGCAAUAGAAAACUUAAAACCUUUUACGCGAUAUUUGAUAAAAUUGAGCUUAGCUAAUAUCUACAUCAAAUCGGAUAGGGCAAAUUUGGAGUUUAGUUCAGGUAUCAUACUGACAACAGAUGCUGGAGCUCCUAGUGCGCCAGAAAACGUAUCCAUUCAAGUUCUUACACCUACUUUGGCUGCCGUCUAUUGGAUGCCACCAAAAAUAUUCAAUUCUCCUGCAGUGAGUUACGAAAUUCAUUGGAGAUCAGAUAGUUUGAUAAAUGGUGUUCGACAGAAGGGUGAGCAGCUAGUGAAGGAUACAGAACAAAUAAAAAAUGGUAAAUUUGUCGCGAUGUUACAGCCAUUGUUACCGGGGCAAGUGUAUUUUAUAUCUGUUCGUGCUUGUCCAGCACAUUUUAACGAAGUUUUUAGCGAGAGCGAAAAACAAAUGAUCAGUAUGUAUCCGGAGCCAAAUAAUUUAACUUUGAUCACAGCCAGUAUAAACGGUUUAAAUAUCUCCUGGGUACCCACGGUAAGUCUAACAAUUAGCUACGUCUUAGAAUAUAAAGACGUUGCCCUAGAAGAAUGGCGCGUUGCGAAUGAAUCCGAAAUCGAUUCAGAAAAAGUCAUUUAUCGACUGCGAAAUCUACAACCCCGUACUCUUUAUAAGUUUCGCUUGUUACUCCGAUAUCCUAAUUAUGAUCAGGAUUUUAUAUGGUCACCGGAUGGAAGAUUCACCUAUCAAACUCUUGGAGAUGUACCGAGUGCACCUGGUACACCGACCGUAAUUAAAUUACGCAAUUCCGUAUACCAAUUAAACUGGGACGCUGCACAGGCUCACGGUUCUCAAAUUACAUUGUACCGUCUAGAAGCUAAAAUGAUUGACGAAGGACAACGAGAUGAAGCAGCGACGAGUAACGGUGAAAGUUGGACUUUGUGUUAUAACGGAACGGAUAAUUACUGGAUUAUCAAGGGAGACAUGGAUCGAAGGUACAGAUUUCGUGUGAGAGCUCGAAACGCUUAUGGAUUUGGUGCUUGGAGCAGGUCAAGCAACGUUAUCGAUUUGACCGACUCUGCUGUCGGUGGAUUCCUAGCGACUCAGCAACAAUUAGGAUUAAUUUUAGGUUUAACUGUGCCGGUCAUUGCUUUCGGCCUGGUUUGCUUUUGCUACUUUCUAUGUCUCUACAGACAACGCAAGGAUGAUAAAAAAGUGGUUUUAUCACCUAUAGUAUCGGACGUCGAAUUAGCAACGUUACGAGAAAUACCUCGUAGUAAUUUUGUUCAGCCAAAUGCUCUUUACGCGUCUACCAUGCAAAACGAUCCAGAUGAUUCCAUGCUACCAAAAAUAAAACGAGAACAAAUAACGUUGGCUAAAUUUUUAGGCAGUGGUGCAUUUGGAGAGGUGUUUCAAGGAAAUGCUAAAGAAUUGGAUGGACCUGACACUGUAACACCUGUUGCUAUAAAGACACUUCGGAAAGGUGCCACGGCACAAGAAAAGAGUGAAUUUUUACAAGAAGCACGACUAAUGAGUCACUUCCGACAUAAACAUGUACUAAGACUUUUGGGUAUUUGUUUAGACAUAGACCCUCCAUUGUUAGUGUUAGAGUUGAUGGAAGCCGGUGAUCUGUUGAGUUAUUUGAGAGCGAGCAGAUCCUUACAACCCACAGACCCUUAUGCCUUACGUCUACAAGACCUCCUAGCAAUGUGCGAAGACGUGGCUAGAGGUUGUCGAUAUCUCGAAGAACUUCACUUUGUACAUAGAGAUCUUGCUUGUAGAAAUUGUUUGGUAUCGACCAGAGAACGUGAGAAUCGGGUUGUUAAGAUUGGCGAUUUUGGCCUAGCAAGAGACAUUUACAAAAACGAUUAUUAUCGGAAAGAAGGUGAAGGAUUACUUCCCGUUCGCUGGAUGGCCCCAGAAUCCUUAGUAGAUGGGGUCUUCACAUCUCAAAGCGAUGUUUGGGCAUUUGGUGUAUUAAUGUGGGAGAUCACUUCGUUAGGACAACAACCUUAUCCAGCUAGAACGAAUCUAGAGGUAUUACAUCACGUACGAGCAGGUGGAAGAUUACCAAAACCUUUAAAUUGUCCACCGACGUUACAUCGUUUGAUGUUAUGUUGCUGGAGUGUUGCCGAUAGUAGACCGAGCUUUAAAACUUGUCUCGAACAUAUCGUCAAUCUUCGAAAAAACAUACAGGAUGCCGUGUUAAGUCCUGUACACGCUGGUCACUAUUUGGUACGAAGAGGCGUAUCUAACAUGGCUUAUUUCGCUGACGAGAAUCAAAAUUGCAAUAAUCCAGGUAACUCUUGGAAAUCGAGUAGCUCGGAAGGAAGUAGAGACAUGCAAUCUUUCCUUCAGAAUUCACAGAAUGCAACGCUUGUAACUCAGCCGGAGGACGUACCAAAAUAUUUAGAAUUAUUAGCGGAUAAUGACGACGUUGUUCUUAGAGAAAAUCGAGUGACUGAGUAUGAAGUUCCACGAUCGAUUCAUAUUUCGAAUCCAAACUUAAUAAACAUAGAUAAGAUUUCCCAAGGACUGAUGGAAGUCAGAAGUUUAGAAGAUUCGCGAAAGUCCAAGGAAUUCUUAAAAAAUGGUAUUAAGGAUCGAAGAUCAUCGAUAACGUCUUCCGAACCUAGCAAAGAAGCGGUUUUUAAAACAAAUAUGACUGAUAGAUGUAAAACAUUAGACACGUCCAAGUUAAGAAACUCCAACAUUAGAGCAAGUUUUACAGGAGAUUCAUUAAUGAACGAGCAACAAAAGUACAAGCGAAAUAACACAAUCGAACGAAGAAAAUCGGAAAUGAGUUUAGAAAAAAAGGAUAAAAUGGUAAUUAAUUCAAAUACGAAUAUACCGGUUUCUAUUCGUUCGAAUGUGAUUACGAACGAUUUGCAAAACGUUUCUUCAAGGAGCAAUGCUACAAAACCGGAUGAAAAUGGAGACAUCAGUGAUAAUAGCAUUAAAAACAAUAAUUCAACAAAAAUACAAAGGACACAAUCCACCUUACAAAGUGGUAAAGCUAAUAUUCCUUUAGUGAUAAAUAGUGCAUUAUUAAAUUUGUUACGACAAACUCCAAUAAUCGAGGACGGUAAUAAUAGCGUUACUUAUACGAACAUUAACACGGACACUGUUAAAGUGAACGGAUCUUAAAAUGAUUCUUUCUAUUGUAUUUUGUAAAUACGAAUAUAUACUCACAACUCUUAUAUUUAAACUUGUAUAAGUGUACCUGCAUCAAAUUCGUACAAAAUCGCUAACAACUUUGUACGUUUGAACUUUCUUCUUCGACUUCGACCGAUUUAUUGAAAAAAGUGCAAUUUCCUUUGAUGUUAUUGCACAUCCUUUCCGUCUUAUUGUUUGCGCUUAGUGCUAUAAAAUGAAUUAUAAAUUAUAUAUAAUCCAUCUUAAACUUAAACUUAAAUUUAUAUAUAAUCCGUCAAUAUAUACACAUAAUAUAUAUAUAUGU